CCAUUUGUGUUGGACGGUGAUUGUGUUGCCACUUGAAAUCGGUCCCCUGUCAAGCCGUCUUAGCCACAAGAUAGGCUGUCGAUGGACUGUGAUACUGGGAGGAGCUUUGUCUGGAGCCGGCUAUACGCUCAGCUACUUUGGGAACAGCCUUAACUACCUGCUAGUGACGUACGGAUGUGUGUCUGGUAUCGGCUGCGGGCUCGUGUACACGCCCGUCGUCGCUGUCAUCAGUCACUUCUUCACGAGACGGCGGCAGUUUGCUACGGCCGUCGCCGUGUCGGGUGCCGGCAUCGGCAACCUGUGCUUCCCUCCACUACUGCAGCAUCUAGUAGACAUGUACGGCUGGCGGGGAGCCAUGCUAGUCUGCGGCAGCCUCGCUCUCAACAUGUGCAUAUGUGGCGCCCUCCUGCGGCCGUCGCCGCCGCACGCCUCGCCGACGAACAGUACGUGCGACAGCAAACUCGUCGACGCGUCCGCAGAGCCACCUGUCGAGAACCGUCGCGACGACGCGACGACGCGUCUGCGGCGCACGGCGACGCGACUGCAGCGCACCCUGCUGGGCGCCCACGGCGCGGAGUUGCUGAGCGACGUCCGUCUGCUCGUGCUGCUGCUCGACAACAUGCUGUUUAUCGGCUCCAUGAUGGUCGUCAUCAUCAUGCUGAACGACUACGUCACCUACUGCGGCAUCUCCCCUGACGACAGCACCUACAUUCUCUCCAUCUUCGGCGUGUUUAACAUGAGCGGUCGUCUGCUAGCCGGCGUCGUCACACUGCACCGACACAUCGACAGCAUGACGACGUUUUGCUUCAGCAUGGCCGCCAUGGGAGCGAUAUCAAUGGCGAUCGCGCCGACGCGACACUACGCCGGCUUCGCUAUCGUCGCUGCGGCGUUCGGGUCGGCGUACGGCAUGGGUACGUCGGCCAUGCCGUCAGCGUUAGCUGACAUGUUCGGUACAGAGAAGCUGCUGCAUUCGUUUGGCUUCAUCAACUUUGCGUCCGGCUUGGGAGGAGUCGUAGCAGCGCCCCUAGCGGGCUGGCUGUACGACGUGACGAAGAGUUACUACGUCAUGUUCACGUUUGGAGGAUGUCUGAGUUUGUUCGGCAGCUUCAUCAUGGCCGCCAUGCUACACUGGCAGCACUAUCGCGGAUGCUGCUGCAGGCCGAGCGUACGCGACGCUACUCAUCCCUCCAAGACGAUCGUACCAAAAUAUUGUGCCAACGAUAUCGUAAAGGCUCCGGCCGAAUUGCAGGUUAUUUUGACGGAGUAGAGAUCCCUCUUAAUAGAAAACACGGGGGUAAAGCACGUCGUAGAUUUUUCACUUUGUUGCGUGACACGGUUCGGUGACAAUAGCAUGCGAGGCGUGCAACGUUACGAAAGAACUGUCGCAACCAGUCAUAUCAUGACCACAUCAUCUAUGCAAUUACAUUCAGAACUAUUGCCUUGGUAUGCUCGUGCUAGCAUACUAUUCUAACAACUUUUGUAUAAUCGCUGAUUUCGAGUGUGGAACUGUUUUAGGUUCUCAUAGUAUCUCAGGUAAAGUGUAUGCAUCAGCACACAUUCCUAUAGCAUUUAAUUAUACUGACGCAGGAAAUAUAUUUAUUUAGAAAUUUACAGAGUAGCUUACCCAGUAGUUUAAUUACGAUAACUAUAUACCUGUGAUUACGAUUCCUGUGAUCAUUACAGAUUAUAUUAAUCUAUUGCUAGUAAUCUAUUUACAGAUUAUAUUAAUCUAUUGCUAGUAAUCUAUUUACAGAUUAUAUUAAUCUAUUGCUAGUAAUCUAUUACGACUAUAAUCAGGAGCGGAUCUAGCUUUCAGGAGACGGGGGAGGGGUGAUAUUUGAGUGAAGGCGAGCCGAAGGCACGCGGUGAUAGGGUGGUCCGGGGGCAUACACCCGCCCCCCGUGUAGUUACAGGGGAAAUCCCCAGUUUUUAUUAGCCUGCAGACUGACUUUUUUAUAUUUGGCCCUAUUUUACUAGUAUCGUAACAUUAGUCAGUGGCUGAACGGGUGGUUACAACCCCUCAAACCCAACCCCGCCCCCUCUCUAGAUCCGCCACUGAUAAUAUCAAUAUCGUGAGUAUAUACAAGUAUACGUAUGCUCUCGUUAUUGCUAAUCUUACUGCCAAUUAUCUUGUGAUUAUAAAUAAAUUAUUGUAAACAAGCA